UUCUGCUUACGUGUCUCGUUUGCUUCAUUUUAUAUUUUCUGUCAUUUUUCUCCCAGUUAUUAGACAUAAAAAGAACUUGAAAUGUCAGGAUUCACUAAUGGUUAUCAUCAAGAUGAUCAAGGAUUUUACCAAGAUGGAUUCUAUCCGACAAGUUACGAUCAAAGUGGAGGUCAAAAUCAAUUUUCCCAUGACUACCAGGGUCAAUAUGGCGGCUAUCCACAACAAUACGACGGACAAAAUUACUAUAACCCUAAUCUAAAUGGACAAACUCAAUACUACGCUCCACAGAGCUAUCAGCCAAUGUCCACCAGUGAGAUCAAAGAAGUUCAUGAGGCUCAUUCAAGUGGUUUUGAGGACGAACCGCCAUUAUUAGAAGAACUGGGUUUCAAUCUGGAUCACGUAUGGCAAAAAACUGUCUCAGUUCUUAACCCUUUGAAGCAAACAGAUAGUCAUAUUAUGGAUGAUACAGACUUAGGUGGACCUUUCCUCUUCUGUCUGGCGUUUGGAGGUUUUCUGCUGCUUCAUGGUAAGGUCCAUUUUGGUUAUAUCUAUGGUUACAGUCUGCUGGGCUGUCUGGCAAUGUAUGCUAUUUUGAAUUUAAUGAGCUUAGCUGAUGUCUCGUUUGGAGUGGUUGUAAGUAUACUGGGCUACUGCCUUCUCCCUAUGGUACUUCUCUCAGGGACUGCAUUGGUAAUAAGCUUGCAAGGCAUGUUGGGAUCCAUUUUAACAGCAAUAACUAUUGGUUGGUGUAGCUUGGUGUCAUCAAAGUUGUUUGUGACAGCAUUAGCAAUGGACCAUCAGCAACCCCUUGUUGCUUAUCCCUGUGCAUUACUUUAUGGAGUGUUUGCUCUGCUUACAGUAUUUUGAGUGUUCCUUGACAAGAGGAUGACCAAUAUUCAAGAAUAACUUUACUUUCAUCGUAUAUAUACAAUACAAAGCUGUAUUAUCAACUAAGAGGGAAUUCGACUAUUUUGCCAAAAGCCUUACAAGGAGUAUAUUUAAAAAUCUCUUAUUGUACUGUAUAACUCAAAAAAUGCAGCAAUUGACUAUUCUUAAAGUCCCAGUACAGGCAGGAAUAGCCUUGUUCCUAAGACAUUAGGAAUAGCUAAUAAAUUUAUACAUUUGCACUGGAA